ACCUCAGCAUCAACAGCAAUAUGCAUCACGCUGAAUACGACUAAAUCGGUAAUCUUGGAGUUGGAUGCCACACUCGUACAUUGAAUCUUUUUACGGUCCGGAAUUAACCUUGGACUCAGCAUGUCGAAGCUGUGCUUUGUUACGACCGGUGCAACAGCACCAUUCACAAAGCUUAUCGAGGCUGUUCUUUCUCCUUCAUCUUUGGAUGCAUUCUUGGAAUGCGGAGUUACGCAUAUCUUCAUUCAGUACGGGACCGCCAAGGAUGUCUAUCAUAGUACUGCCGAAGCAGCGCGCCAGUAUCUGAAAGCGAUUAGUACUGAGCAGGAGCUGAAGAUCGACGGCAUGGACUUCGACUCGAGCGGCCUUAAAGAGCAGUUCAAGCUAGUCCAGCAGACUCAAGGACUCGCCAUUUCCCAUGCUGGCUCAGGAUCUAUUCUCGAAGCUCUACGGUAUCAAGUCCCGCUCAUCGUUGUGCCUAAUACCGCGCUUCUGGAUAACCACCAAGAGGAGCUGGCCGUGGCGAUGGACAGGGCUGGUUAUGUUAUCCAUGGAAAUGUCGACCAUCUCGCUCCGGCUAUCAAGGUCUCGGAGGGUUUCCGAACGAAGAUGGCCCAGUUUCCGCCUGUCACCGCUGGCAAGGAGCGGAAGACCAAGAGUUUUGCGAAUAUCAUGGACGAAACUGUAGGCUUUACAGAUUUCAACAACGAAUGAUCGCGGUUCUCUUCGGCAAGCUCGGAAUACGAAUAUCUCCUUGGCCUCGAUGACACCUCAUGUCUACGAACAUGCGCAAAGAAAUGCAUGAAAUACAAACGAAUUCACAUCCAAUAUAUGCUUCACUAUACGGACACGAGGUACGCUCGCGACGAAAAGGUACGAGCACGAAGAUUGAAUCUACGAGGCUACUGGGCCCCGAAGUGUUCCAGCAAGGCCUGAUGGCUGUACACCCAAAUAUUCGUUGACUUCAUGUCAUACGUCGCGAUGCAACUGCACGGCACCCUAGAAGCCAU